UUACUUACCCCGAUAUUUAUUUCAUGAUUUGAAGACAUCAAACUUGAAUUAUUUGAGGUUCAUUCAUUACUUUCUAUCUAUCCUUCAUCUUCAUCUUCAUCUUCAUCUUCAUCCAAACUCAUUUUACAAAACAAUGGAGAUCUCAACACUCUCACCCUCUCUCUCUCUCCCCUCUUUCCAAAAACCCACACUCCUCUCUUCCUCUAAAUCCUCCUCCUUGUUCUCCAUCUCUCUCUUCAGAUCCGUCAACACAAAGGGCCUGGGCCUUAGGGCCCGUGUACGGCCCGCUUACAGGGCCCGCAAAGGCCUCACGUGCAACUCUUUGUUUGGUCUCGGUGUUCCUGAGCUAGCCGUUAUUGCUGGAGUUGCUGCGCUUGUGUUUGGCCCCAAACAACUCCCUGAAAUUGGUCGCAAUUUUGGUAAAACUAUUAAGAGUUUUCAACAGGCAGCAAAGGAGUUUGAACAGGAACUUACAAAACCAGAAGAACCUGAAUCUUCGGACAAUGUAAUUGAAGCAAAAUCAGCAUCUGAAAGUUCAGAAGAAAAAGAAAAUGUUGUCUCUUCGUCUAAAGAGAGUUCGUGAGUUAUAUUUUAGAUAUGUAUUCUUCCACUUCAUUUAAUCUAGAUUUUCUUGAUACAAAUUUUUUUUUGUAUUUGUUUUGGUCAGCAAUUUGAUGCGUGUAAUCGAAUACUGGUGUACGAUUCCGUUGAAUGGAGAAUAAUCUAGCUAUUAGGGGUUUUAUUUUAUUAUUAGUAGUACUUUGAGAAAGUUCUUAGAGAAAAGAAAACGUGUUAAAUCAGUUUACAUGUUUG